GCCAAUGUUCGUGAUGGCGAGAAUAUGAUAGUAUAAUGUCUGAAGAAAAUGAACAUCCUACAUCGAAUAGUGACGUUGCAACAGCAGGACAAGUAGUGGAAGACGUCGCUGAAAUUCGAGAUUAUGAACAAUGUGGAUGUCAGAUUGGAUGUGGCAACAACAAGAGUAGAAGGAUACCAUGUCCUAUGUUCAAUUACUGCAACAAUGCAAAGGGAGUCUUGGUAUUUCUUAGCGUUGUUGCCCUGUUUCAAGGUUUUGUGAUGAAUGGGCUUAUUAAUGGAGUAAUCACGACUUUAGAGCGAAGGUUCAGUCUGCAGAGUAGCGAAACAGGCCUCAUUGCAAGCUCAUAUGACAUCGGCACCUGUUUCAGUCUGCUUUUUGUUACUUAUGUUGGUGGAAGAGGACACAAACCAUUAUGGCUGGGAUGGGGUACCAUGUUAAUGGGUGUCGGUUCUAUUAUAUUCGCAUUACCCCAUUUCAUUGCCCCCUCUUAUAUUAUACCAGACAGUGUAAAUUGCGUCAAUAUUUCUUCUGCAUCCUGCGGCGAAGCCAGUAUCCGAGUUUAUAGAGGUUUUUUCAUUACAAGUCAAUUGUUACACGGUAUUGGAACAACGCCGCUGUAUACACUUGCACUUACUUAUCUUGAUGAAAACGUUAAACAAGUUUAUUCUUCGGUAUACCAUGGUGUAUUUUAUGCUGUUUCUUUAAUCGGGCCAGGACUUGGCUACCUACUUGGUGGACAGCUUCUUAAUAUUUACACAAAUCCAGGAGAAAUAGUCGAUAUCACACCAGACAGUGUAUUAUGGGUUGGAAAUUGGUGGGUUGGAUUUCUGAUCGGAGGAUUUUGUUUCUUUCUCCUUUCUAUUCCUAUUCUAAUGUUUCCAAAGCAACUCCCUGACACAGAUAAACACAGAAAGAGUAGAGCGAAUGAAAUGCAUCAAAAUUCUGACGCUCUCAGAGUAUGCGAUGAUGAAGAGUUUGGAAAAAGUGUUCGAGAUGCCCCUCGUUGUCUUUGGAUUUUAUUGAAAAAUCCGACCAUUGUUCUAAUAUCACUCGCUGGCGCGAUGGACAACGGAAUUAUUGCUGGAGUGGCAACGUUCGGACCAAAAUAUUUCGAAUCAAUGUUUUCGUUGACAGCGGCGUAUGCAGCGUUUCUUAUUGGUCUUAUUGCAAUUGUGUCAUCAGCAUUAGGUCAAAUUAUCGGUGGAGUUGUUGUUUCAAAGCUAAAUUUCACUGUUAGGAAAAUGUUGGGGAUGUGUACAAUUUGUUCAGUUCUCGGGCUCGCAUGUCUUUUUAUUUUCAUCAUGAAUUGUGAAAAUACAAAAAUUGCCGGAGUAACCAUACCGUACAAUGGCCAAAGUAAUAUCAUUUGUAACACAACUGCGUGUGGAUGCAGCACGGAAUUUUACGAUCCGGUAUGUGGCGCGGACAAUAUGACAUAUUUAUCUUACUGCGACGCGGGAUGUGACCAAGUCAGUGCGAUGAAUUUUGACAACUGCUCAGGAGUAUUGGAUUCAUCCUCAAUCAGCGAAGUUUCAAUGGCGUCAGCAAUUAAGGGAAAAUGCGUACAAGAUACAUGUCAAAACAUGGGACUAUUUGCAGUCAUCAUUGCACUAGCAGUGUUUUUCAUAUUUUUAAGCGCGCAGCCUGCAUUACAGGCUUCUCUUCGGGCUGUCCCUUAUUUUCAGCGUUCAUUUGCAAUUGGAAUACAGUGGCUGAUCCUACGACUGCUCGGAAGUGUCCCCAUGCCUAAUAUACUCGGAGCAGUUUUAGAUCUGUCCUGUACGGUAUGGGGAAUGCAAUGCGGAGUCUGUGGAUCUUGCAAAAUAUAUAACAACCAAGAUAUGUCAAAGUAUAUGACGAUUGUACUAACAGUGGUGAAGGCGUUUUCGGUGUUUUUUUUCGCGUUGGCGUGGAAGACCUACAAAUCACCGCCACCGAAAGCCGACGAAUCCGAGAGUACCGCUGUUAAAACGUCGUGUUCGCCUACAAAAUCAGCUGACGCAAUUCAAGGAAUCGCCAUGACUGAAGUUGAUCACAAGAAAACUUUACCGGAGGAUCGAAGCCAUGAUAAUCCGAACUUUGUGCCCGAUUCGUAAUUUAACGUGGUGUCGGAGAACUAAAAUUAAGUGCUAACGAGAAUAUACUGAAAAGAUAUUCAGCCAUAGUGUACCUCAUAUAUUCCGUCAAGAACACUGCAGACGAGAAACGACGAAAAUGUCUGCCGAAACGAUAUUUCCCGGACAUCGUGAGUGCAGCAAUUUGAACAAAUGCUUUUCUUGGAAUGAAGAUAGUUACAUGACAAAUUGAAAAAUUGAUUUCAUUGACAACGAAAAGAUUGACAUUCAAACUGUUUUUUGAAUAUAGUAUGUAGGCUAUACUGCCGAAAUAACGUUACUAACCCUACGUAUAUAGGCUAAGUAAUUUGCUAGGAUGAUAAAUUAAUUUGAGCUAAAUGUGAAUCAGUGCAAUUUCGUAAGCAAUUCCAUCAACUGAAUUUAUCUUCAAUCUACUUUUAUUAAACUAUAGUAUUUAUUUAUUCUAGCAUUUAAUAUUUGAUUUCAUAUUAAUGUGAUAAUGUUUAUGGCAAUAGACAAUCCAAUUGUAAAUAAGUUUUAUUACGGCAAUGUCGUCAUGCACUAUUUUUUAAAUUUUUUGAAUGAUUAUUUAAGAGACAUAAAAAUAAAAGUCGGUACAGGUUUCCGCAAACUGAAAAUUUUUAUUAGUAUUCAAGUGGGCGACUUUAAUAGAAUAUGAGAUAUGGCAAUAUAUAGCCAGUGACAAUACAGAGCGCCUCCGUUGCGAGUGGACAACAAACAUUUCUCGGUCAGUAGACAUUUAUUGCAACGUUAAGGAAUUCGAUUCAAACAAGCCUGGUUCGUAAGAGUUCGGAUUUAACUCUGACGGUUACCCAAAACCAUAAAUUUAGAGCGCUUCUCGACAUUGUUUCCUCUUGAUGACGCAUACAUGUACUAGAAAAAUAUUGGCAUCGAAAAGGUCUCAUUUAAUAAUACUACCAGGGCUAUGGUUCUCCAAAAUAAGCC